AUGGCUGCUGAGGGGUCGACUGCAUUCAAUGCUACCACAAACUCUACCAUGCUGGAGAAGCCGCCGACACCAGACUGUGAACUCUUGGGGUACAGGGCCGACGAGGAUCCAAGAUGGAACUUUGAAACCGCGUCGCUGACAACAUGCGAGUGUUGGCAUUCUUGGGCGCUCCUGAAGUGCAAAGUGGUGAUCCCCAACGACCACAUCUUCGAUGAAAGAAACAUCGCCAACGACCCCGAGAAGUGCGGCCGCUCCGUCUACAACGCUGUGCCCCGAGGAUGGUCCGCCAAGUCGGGGCCCCGUUGCAACCUGGACAAGGACAAUGUUGCACACCUGACCUGGAAGAAUGGGAUCGGCACGAGUAUAAAGCACAUCAAGACGGGGCUCGAUGGAGGCACCUGUGGCAUAUUCAAAAAUGUGCAGUGCAUCAAGAAGUAA